UUGGGGAGUGAAGGCAGACAACGGCCAAUGAGGUCUCGCUUCCCGUUUGAAGUCUCCAGUGGGCGGGCGUCGGAGGCGGGUGCUGCUGGCUAGGAGGUUCGGUUGAGCGUGUGCCAUGGACCCAGCCGCCCGGUGAUAUUGACAAUAGGAGAGAGAGAAAGGGGCAUUGACUGGGACCCACCGCGGGUAGCGAACGGCGGCUCUGGCAGCGGCGGCUCCUGCUUCAGCGGCUCCUCCUCCUCCUCCCGACUCCUCUGCCUGCUGCCGCUGCAGAUCCAGUCUUCCUCCCCCCCCUCCCCCCCUCCCCACGUCGCCGCCGCCGCCGCUGGGUCCGGGGCUACGAGCUGAGGCGCCGCCCGCCGGGAAUGUGAGCGAGGAGCCACCGGCGGAGCCGCAACGGGGUCGGUGCCGAUUUGAUGGGACGGGCCCGCGGGGGAGGAUCGUGAGGCCGCCGCCGCCGCCGCUGCCGCCGGAGCGCUGAGGUUCGGGUCCGGCCCUGAGGCCUAGAAGCGCCGCCACCGCGGAACCGGAGGGACGCCGCACCGGACAGCCGUCGCCCCGGGCUCCCCGCAGCUGCCCGGACCUCCCUUCCCCCUGCACCUCCCGGUUCCACCGCUCGCCCCCUCCGCGGCCCCUUCGCCCUUCUCCCGCCCCUCGAAACCACAGAUCAUCUUUGGAUUCUUCCCCAGAAGCUUCAAGGGAUAUGUCCUCAGCACCAACUACUCCUCCAUCAGUGGAUAAAGUAGACGGAUUUUCUCGGAAGUCCGUCAGAAAAGCCAGACAGAAGAGGUCACAAAGUUCCUCACAGUUUAGGUCUCAAGGCAAGCCUAUUGAAUUAACACCUCUGCCGCUGCUAAAAGACGUUCCAACCUCAGAGCAGCCUGAACUGUUCCUAAAGAAACUUCAGCAGUGCUGUGUCAUUUUUGACUUCAUGGACACGCUAUCUGAUCUUAAAAUGAAAGAAUACAAGCGCUCCACUCUUAAUGAACUGGUGGACUACAUUACAAUAAGCAGAGGCUGUUUGACAGAGCAGACUUACCCUGAAGUAGUUAGAAUGGUAUCUUGCAAUAUAUUCAGAACUCUCCCUCCUAGUGACAGCAAUGAAUUUGAUCCAGAAGAAGAUGAACCUACCCUUGAGGCAUCGUGGCCACAUUUACAGCUUGUAUAUGAAUUUUUCAUACGAUUUUUGGAAAGCCAAGAAUUUCAACCCAGCAUUGCCAAAAAAUACAUAGAUCAGAAAUUUGUAUUACAGCUUUUGGAGCUAUUUGACAGUGAAGACCCUCGGGAACGAGACUACUUAAAAACAGUUCUACAUAGAAUUUAUGGCAAGUUUCUUGGUCUUAGAGCAUUUAUCCGAAAACAGAUUAACAAUAUUUUUCUAAGGUUUGUUUAUGAAACAGAACACUUCAAUGGUGUAGCUGAACUUCUGGAAAUAUUAGGAAGUAUUAUCAAUGGCUUUGCUUUACCUCUUAAGGCAGAACACAAACAGUUUCUGGUGAAAGUGUUGAUCCCCUUACACACUGUCAGGAGCUUAUCACUCUUCCACGCCCAGUUGGCAUAUUGUAUAGUCCAGUUUCUGGAGAAAGAUCCUUCACUCACAGAACCAGUUAUUAGGGGAUUAAUGAAAUUUUGGCCUAAAACAUGCAGUCAAAAAGAGGUCAUGUUCCUUGGGGAGCUGGAAGAAAUUUUGGAUGUGAUUGAACCUUCACAAUUUGUUAAAAUUCAAGAACCUUUGUUUAAACAAAUUGCCAAGUGUGUAUCUAGUCCCCAUUUUCAGGUGGCAGAAAGGGCACUCUAUUAUUGGAAUAAUGAAUACAUCAUGAGUUUGAUAGAAGAAAACUCUAAUGUCAUCCUUCCCAUCAUGUUUUCCAGUCUUUAUAGGAUUUCAAAAGAACAUUGGAAUCCGGCUAUUGUGGCGUUAGUGUACAAUGUGUUGAAGGCAUUUAUGGAAAUGAACAGCACCAUGUUUGAUGAGCUGACAGCCACAUACAAGUCAGAUCGUCAGCGUUCUGCCUCAGGGUUAAGAGCCUGGCACAUAACUGGUAUUUCAGGCCCACAUAAGGAGAUCAUCAGUGAGAAAAAGAAAGAAAAAGAGCGUGAAGAAUUAUGGAAAAAAUUGGAGGAUCUGGAGUUAAAGAGAGGUCUUAGACGUGAUGGGAUAAUUCCAACUUAACAAAAAUAUGACAGCAACAUUACUAACCUGUGGAGUCACAUUUAUGUAGUAGAAGAUGGAGCAACAGUUUUCUGUAUUGUGCAACUUUACAGUAGAUUUCACAUUUGUUUCAUUAUUACAACAGCACUGUAUAUACCUGUCUGUAAGUAAAGGAAAAAAAUAAGGACUUCAAUCCAAAGUUUGGACAGUAGAUGGACUUCUCAGAACUUUGCAAACAUAAUCAUUGUUCUAACCCUCUUAUAAAAAAAAAAAAAAAGCAGUCUUCAAAGAUCUGUUGAUGAAAUUGCUAUGUUAAAAUUCCAUUAUCAGGAGUUCUUAUUUAUCACUAGCAGAGAGUAUGAUACAAUUUUCAAAUGUGAACAAUCUUAAAUUUAGCUUGUCUUUCUGCUAAGCUGUUAAAUGUAUUUAUAGUAAAGGAAGAAAAAAAAAAAAGACUGUCAUUUCCUUAUAAGUUUGUAUAACAUCUUCCUCUGGAUAACUUGACUGUAAUUUGACUUUUUCCUUUUGCACAUCUUCAUGAGUUGAAUGUCCAUGUGGCAUGGGACCCUGAAUUUUAAAGGUCCCCGAUGAAAGUUUCGUCUGCUGGGGUGAACAUCUUUCCAGUAACCAGGUAGUCCUGGUACUCCUUUAGUUUUAAAAUUAGGAGUAAAAAGAGAAGAGGUGAUAAAGAUAGUAGGGAAGGGAAUUUUGGAUUCAUGCAUCAGUUUAUGGUGAAUCCAAAUCAAUGUCUUGAAUCCUUUGAAAACAGGCACUGGGACAUCACAGGCUUCAGUACCUGACCAGUAUUAGUUGUAUACAUCAUUGAACAUAAUAUACCAGAGACAUUUUAGAAAUGUCAGAAAGACAUCCUUUUUGGACCAUAUGAAAUAAAGACAAACACUAAACAAUAAAACCAUGAAAUUGAUCGCCAGGAUUGCGAAUCUAAUUGGGAAAAGAGUUGAGCAAACAGCUUGGACUGUUUGGAGUUGUUGCCUUACUUUUUAAUAUGUAUUUAUAAAGUAUUCCAGCAAAAGAGGAUGUAGCCUCUGGAAAAAAAACAAACAUGUUACAGUGUUUUUUGUAGAUUCUCGUUCUAUAUCUCAUCACAGCGCCAGCCCUGUUUUUAGCCGGAAAGGAUUCAGGAUAAACAUAAUGCAUUCUGAAUUGGAUGCAUAUUCCUAACUACUGUAUUUGUUACCAAAAGUGGUUCUACAAAUGCUACUGAAAAAAGCUGGAAAUUCCUAAUGUCCUGAGUAUUAAUAAUAAAGUUUAAAAAUGCUUUUAUAUCAAAGGUGCAUCGUGACCAAAUUGUUUGAGAAAAAAACAAAAAACAAAAUCUAGGGCUGUAUUAUAGAUAGAUCUUAUUGGCUCUCUGCUUUGUAUUAAAAGAAGACUCUUACAACUUGGGUAGGUAAAUUGCUGAUAAAACUUGUGUACAUCAUGUACUUAUCUAAUGUGGUUGCAUUAUUAUGUAUGAAAAGAUAUGUUUUAUGAUUCGUUUCUAGGAUGCUUUUGCUUUUUAUGGACAUGGCAGCAGUGAGUUGAUAAUCUUAAAUCAUCAUUUCCAGCAGUGUUCAUGAUACAGAGCUCAUCCUCUGUUCAUAUGUUAAGUUGUGAUAGUAGCAAACAUGAACAUAUGAACUAUUGUUGCUCUCAGUAGAAAUACAGUAUAAAUAUGGGCUUGUAUAUUUUCUUCCUUCCAUUGAAAUAUAAAGUAGAAUAUACAGUUUUAUUGUUUCUAAGAAAAAGGGAAAAAAUAGCCGCUGACCUUUCUCCCCUAUGAAAUGUUUCCAGAUUAUUAGGUCAUUGUGUGUACAUAAAAGUCAGCUGAUUAUGAAUAUUAUCAUCUAGGUAAUUGUAAAAAAAAAAAGUGAAUCAAAAACAAAAUUUGGCAUUGUUAUUCCUUAAAACAAACAGCAGUAAAAAAAAAAGUCAUAUGCAUCACUAACACAACAUGGUUUAAUGGAAUGGAUAGUUUUUAAAAAGUUUUUUAAACAAAUAAAUAGGAACGUUCAUGGGGAUUCAGUAUAAUGUUGGCAGAGGCUGCCCAAAAUGAAACAACUUGCUUCAACAGUGUUGGAACAAAGGUGCAAGUUCAAAUACUAAUUAUAAAAAUAAAUUUAUAACAAAUCUUUUCCUUAGCCCUUUUGGUUUUAGCCCUUCCCAGUUUUGAUUCUGCAUUACAGUUAUUUUUUACGUGUAAACUUUUAUUUGCCAUUAAUUCAUUUUUUAGAUGGAAGGCAUUAAAAAUCACAGGUUUAUGAAGAAUCUCUGCCCAUCAGAAUGAAAUGAGAAAGCCUAGUUUUCCUUUUUGCACCUUACCCUGCCCUCAGAGUUGAGGUGAAUAUGACCCAGAUGUCCUUGGUGUCAGUUUUGUAUGUUGAUCAUUCCAAAAUGAGGAGAAUAAAGCCAAGUUUUAGACAUAUAUAAAGAAGCAAUUAGAGCUACCUGGUGAAAAUUAAUAGGGCAACUUCUGAGAAGAAACACUGUCUUUUUUUUUUUUUUUUAACUGAAAGUGACAAUGUGACAUUUGUCAUGUUGUGUGCGGUGACACGGAGUAAUUUAGGUAAUCUGACUGUUGCACUAUGUGACAUAUUUAAGGACGUACUUGCUGCAUUUGCAGCAGCCCUCUCUCUGUCCCUUCCCGCAAUUCUGCUGUUGCUGCAACUUGAGUUAAUUGUGACAAAUGCAUCUUUGUGUUAUAUUUUGUUUGCUUCAUAGUUUUCAGAACUAUAUAUAAAUAUAUUUUUUAAAUAGCAAAUAUUUGUCGUUAGUGAGUGAUGAUCACUCCAACCUUAUCCCUACCAUAUUGGUUUCAGGGGUAGGAGUAAGAGUGUCCUUGGAAGAAAAAAAUAUACACACAACCCUGUGGUUUAGAAUGAUGCUGAGGCCUUAGGCUGUGGGCCCAGAACAAUUAUGUGAGUGAAGUGACCCAUCUCCUUUGAAUCAAGCAUGCAUUCCUUUUUCUUAUUGUACAAGUGUCCCCAGUUGUUCUCCUUCAGUGUUUAGUUUUUGUCCUUUUCAAGUUUGUUAUAUUUUGCUCUCCCUAACAUCUGUUUUUUAAAAAAAGAAAAAAAUUUUAAAAAUAAAUAAUACCCUUGAUGCCGCUGGAUACUCACAAGCAGGGUUAAGCUCCUUCAUCUUGGGCUUCUUUGCCUAAAUGGAAGGAUUUCAUUGAUUUUGUACCUCCUCCUAUGCGUGGGGCAUUCCAGGGUGCAGAGCCAGGAAUUGCUUGUAGUUGCACCUGCUAUACCUAAAUGUAUAGCCUUAGGCUCAAUCACACUAUGGAAAGAAAAAAAAAAAGUAUAUUUAGAGCUUUAAAAGCUUUUUUAUUUUUUUGUGGGGAUAGGGGUGGGGUGGGAAAGGGAUGUAUGGAUGUUAGGAUGUUAUUGGCAUUUUUAAGUGUUCCAGGGUUUUGUUUUGUUGUUGUUAAUGUUCCUGUUUUCCCCUCAUUAAUUGGAUGCACUGACCUUGCCCAGGAGAUGAAGAGAUUCUCUCUUUGAUGCUGUUACCAAUGUUAUCACAAAGUGACAGUCACCUGUAGCAAAAAGGUGGCACCAGACAUGAUCAGUGAUGUUUUAUUUGCACAUGAAUAUUUUUAUUUUUGUAUUCUGGCUCAGCUGCUUCUCUGAGUGGAGUUAAGGAAUGAGCCACAAAGGAUUUUUGUAAAAGGUAUAUUGGCAAUGCAUUUUAUAUUCCUCUAUAUUUAAUUUUGAAAAUCUAAAAGAAGGAUUGUGCAUCUUGAGAGAAAGUUGAGUAAACUUUGAUCUAGUGGAAUGUUAAUUUGUGCUGCUUCUUGUGCACGAUAGCAGCAGUAGUAUCUCUCUUGGAAAUGAACAUCCCAUAUUAUGAUGUCUAUGAAUAUAGGUUUCCUUUUCUUCUCUCCCUCUUUCUUUCUCUCCCCCUUCCACCUUUCUCCUUCCUCCUUGCUCUCCUCCCUCCCCUGUAUCUCCUUCUAUUUCUUUCGUCUCUCUUAGCCCUUCUCCCCUUCCCUUUCUUUACUUUUAUUUUUAUUUUUUGAAAUCACUUAUUGUAAAUAAGUUGUAAUCCAAACCUCAUGUAUCAAUGGGGAACUUUCAAAUAUAAAUAUUAACAAUACAUCUUCUGGUUGUGGUUUGAUUUUUGAAUGAAGUAUAAUGAGAAUGAUAUGUCCAUUGCUUUUAGUUUGAGGAUUUUGCUUCAGCUUCAUAAAUCUUUGGUAUUUCAGUACUUCAUUGUUUUAGCAGGAGAGGGCAGCAAAAGUUCAUUUUCUCUGUUAGUAAUGCUGUUGUUCUUGAUUGGUUUUAAACUUAGUUGUGAGUGUGUAUGUAUUUUUUUUUAAAAAAAAAACAGCAUCUGUUUGUAGGUAGAUGUAAAAAUGAAACAUUUUUGAUAUGAAAAGUUACAUAUGAAAAUUAUAGACUGGUUCAACCAGACAGUGAAGACUUCUGAUCCACAUCAAAGUGAAAACAAGGCUACAAAAAAAUAUUCCAGCUCUGGCUAAAACAUGCUACUUUUUUUUCCAAACAUGAUGAAAUGCAAGCUGUCUUUAAACACUUGGAAUUUAAAAUGUUCUUUGGAAAUGAUUUACUUCCUUCAUAAUGGUAAUAGAAACAAAAAACGAAGGUGCUCCCAAAAAGCAAUGUAACUUCCCCUUUCACAGCUGUGUGAGAGGUUCUGUACUGUGGGUGCAUCACAAUAAAGCAGCAGUGAAGAGUU